CCGGAGUCUAUGCCCUGCGCCGCCGGACACUAUUCAUCGCCCGAGAACGGCAGACCUCCGGCUGAAGGAAGCCUGAGAGCGCAGGACGCGAUUUCACCCCUCUCGCCGACCUCGAUUGGACGUUGGAAGAAGAUGCAUACCAGUAAGGGGAGGGACAUGUCUGCGGAGGUUAACGAGAGGAGCAGAAUCAACAAGGCUGCGUUGCUUCCGGACGAGAGGAGGAGGAUCAACAAGGCGGCGUCGCUUCCGGACGAGAGGAGGUCGAUGAACAAGGCGGCGUCGCUUCCUGACGAGAUGAUCAUAGAGGUGCUGCAGUUGCUCCCCAUCAAAUCCGUCCUCCGCUUCCGGGCCGUCUGCCGCUCCUGGGACGCGCUACUCUCCUCCGAUGAGUUCCGCAGCCUCCACCUGGCCGCACGGCGGGAACCACUGAAACUGCUCUACAUCUCACCCACUGCCAGAUUUCUCUCCACCGCGGUGUAUGCUCGCUCCUUCACGCCGUCAUCAUCAGGCGGCAGCACCGGAGAUCGGGGGCACCUAUUGUUCACCAUUGACGGCGCCCGUGGCAACUGUGUGGAGGUAGUGACGCCGGUACCAUGCUGCGGCCUCACCCUUCUCUACGAUGCUCUCGCAAUGGCUUACUACAUCUGCAACCCGGCCACACGGGCAACCACGCGUCUGCCACCUUCAACUGACAUAGCAUCAAGGUCCACUACUGGGCUGGGGUUUGAUGCCCGCACCAAGGAGCACAAGGUGGUGAGGCUAAUCAACGGGAUGUGCCAUGACAAGGUCGGGGUUCGGUGUGAGGUGUACACGCCCGGAGGUCGCCAUGGCGAUCGCUGGAGGCAUGUCGCCGGUGGAGUGCCCUCCAGCUUACGCCAAUUAGUAAGUUCCGCUGUUACCAAUGCAUCACUGAACAAAUUACCACCUGUGUUCGCAAACGGUUGCCUGCACUGGUUGAUGGAUCCUAUAACAUCAAGAGUUGCCAUCAUAUGCUUUUCGAUCACAGAGGAAACCUUCACAUGCGCCGGGUCACCGCCCUUCUGGGUACCAGCACCACGCCCGACUUCCAGGCCCUGGUCAUCAGGAGAGCACCUAGUGGAGAUGCAUGGCCAACUGUAUAUGGUCCGAGACCUUCGCAACCGAGUCAUGCUCUUUGGAGAUUUGGAAACUGCUGGAUUAUGGCUCAGGCGGAUGGUCACUGCAUCAUCAAAUCAAAUUCUCCGGACUGCUGGGAAGAGAUUUACGUGAGCCACAAAUUUUCAGAGUUAU